AUGUCCCAAUUAACUUUUCUUACCCAAGUUCAAUCGCAGAGAAGAACUGUAACCAACGAAGAAGAAGAAGUAAACGUGGAACUUCCUGCAGAUGUAAAGACUAAUUUAAUAAAACCUGAUACUGGAGAAGAUACACCGGAGACGGAAGACAGUGUAGAGGAAUGCAGAUUGAGAUGUUUCGAGAAGUUAUGUCAAGAGGACGAAGUUGAAAUUUUAUGCAAAGGGGCAAACUUUGCAAACAAAAAUGAGCAAGACCUUUUUUACCAGUCCUUUAUAGAAGCAGGGCCCGUACGGAUGAGGAGGUCAAGAUUAAAACAAAACACUUAUGAAGAUAGAGCUGAAGAUGUUUUUUUAAGUCUAAACAUUCUGUUGGGCAUAAAAGUUCUUUUAAAUUCUAUGUCUUGCUUCGUGAGAAAAGGAUCAUCAUCUGCAAAAAGGCGUUUUUUAGUCUGCACGGUAUUGGUAAAAAAGAGUAAGAAGACUGCAAUAUCUUUUUGUAAAAGUGAUAAUGUAUUAAUUGACUUCGGCGAAGAUGUUGCCGAUCCUGAUUAUGAAGACAAAGAUUUCAAAAUAAAUAAUACUAAUAAUGUAGUAAUAAUUCAUAAUGUAGUAAUAGAUAGUGACGAUGAUGUUGCUGAUCCUGAUUACCUGCCUGAUUCAAGACGUAAUCAUAAUGUGGUAAAUAAUUAUUAUGAUGACCCAACUAAACAACAAGUACCAUUACCAAUAAUUCCACAACCUUGA